AUGGAUAAUUAUGAAGUGUCAAAAACAUUAAAAAUGAUUACUUCAUAUUUUGAUGAAAAUAUCAGAUACAAUAAUAAAAAUAUUGAUAACUUAAAUAAUAAUAAUGAAAUUACUAAAAAUAAAAAUAUAAGAGAUAAAUAUUCUCAAUUUUUAAAAUAUACUAACUGUAAGAAUGACACAGCAUGCAAAAGUAAUUGUAAUAAUAUUUCUUUUGAUUACAAUAAUUAUAAUGAAGAAUUAAAUGUAAAUGCUUGUUCCAAUGUUAUGAACAAGCAAAUUAUAAAUUAUAAUGAUUAUGAUUCAUUUAACAAAGUAAACACAUUAGAAGAUUCAGAAUAUGAAAAUGAAAUUUUAAAAGAUGAUAAGGAAAAGGAUAAGACUAAACCUUUUGAGAAUUUUGUUAUGAAUAAAGAGGUAUGUGAUAUUCAACAUGAUAUUCAACAAGAAAAACAAAAAACAAAUUUGAUCAGUUGCUAUAAAUACAAUAAUUUAAUAAAUAAAAAUGAUUGUGACACAAAUAAAAAAUAUAAUAUGAAUGAUAUUAGUUGUGAUGAAAAAUAUAUUGUUAAAUACAAGUUGAAUUCAUUUAUUUUGAACAAAAUAGUUAAUAAAAAUUAUAAUUUAUAUAUGAAUAAUAGCUUUGAAAAUAUUAACCAAUAUAAUGUUGAAUCCGAUGAAAAUAUAGAAUUAUAUAGGUUAUAUAAUGAAGAAAUGUGCAAUAAAAAUGAAUUUCUUGUAAAUAAACAUAAUAUUUAUAGUGAAAACACAAAGAGCAAUUUUGUUAAAUCAGAAAAUGUGCGUAUUCGGGAUAUCCAUAAUGACUACAGAGAAAAUACUGUUUUAAAUUGUUUUACAAAAGAAUUAUAUAAUAAAUUAAAUGAUGAUAAAAAUUAUAUUAGUAAUGAAAAUAAGCAAAAAUUAAAUUUAUCGAUAGGUUCAAAAAAUGCUUUAAAUAUAUAUAGUGAUGAAAAUACUAAAUCCCACAUAGAACAAAACUUUAAUCAACUUUCAAAGUGUUUUAUUAAAUUUUCUAGUAAUGAUUCAUGUAAUUUAAAUAAAAAUAAUAUUAUAAGAAAUGUAAUAACUAAAAGUAACAGUAAGGGUAAUAAUAAUUAUAAGGAUAAUAACAGUAAUAAUGAUAAGUAUGAAUAUAAUGAUUUAACAAGCAACAUAGAACAUUUAGCUAUUUUAAAAAAUAAAAAUACCUAUAAAAUACAUGAAAAAGGGAAAUCAAAUGUAACAUAUGAUACAAAUGAUAAAACAUAUUUGAAAAUGAUUAAUAAUCAAUUUAAAAUGGAAGAUGAUUUAAGGGGGAACAGUAUUAAGAAAUCUUUUUUAUUUGCAAAAAAUACAUUUUCUGAAGAAAGGUAUACAUUAGAUAGAUCUGAAAAAAAAUAUUUUCGAAAUAGCAAUAUUUUGAGAACGAUAAUAAAUAAAAAAAUAAAUAGUGAUCCUUUACUUUCUUCAAAUAGAAAAUUAUUAAUGAGUGAAUUACUUAUAAAGAAAACUAGUAGAAAUAAUAACUUUAAUUAUUACAUAAAAAAUAAUGAUGAUACAAAAAAUAGAAAUAAGAUGACUAAAAAAAGUCAAAUAAUAGAAACAAAAAUGAGUUAUGAAUUACAUAUGUGUGACAAAUGUUUUAAUAAAUGGAAGAAGGAUAAAAAAAAAAAGAAAAGCAAAAAUAAAAAUAAAGCAAGUAUUAAUUAUUAUAAGAACAUAAAAAUUUUGAAUGAUAUAAAUAAAAAAUUACUUUUUUGUUAUAAAGAAAGUGUAUUAAAUAAUGGUAUUUAUGACUUAAAAUCUGAAUUUAUUAAUAAUAAUAAUAAAAUAGAAUCACAUAGAUCAAAUUCUUGCUUUUUUCUAUCAGAAUAUAAUAGUGAAAUAUUUAAUAUUUUAAAAAUUGGAGAUUUUCACUUUACACCUUUAAGAAGAAUUAGAAGCUUAGAAAAUACUUUAUUAAAUGGAAAUAAUUACAAUAACAAAGUUUUUUCAUUAAAUAAUAAUCAAAUUAAAAAUUAUUGUAGAUAUUAUGGUAGUAGCAAUAUUUAUAAUUUUUAUAGGAAUAAAAUUUUUUAUAAUAAAAGGAAUAAAAAUAAUAGUAACAUUGAAUGCUACAAUAACAAAUGUAAUAAAAAAUAUUAUAAUAAUUUUUCUUUAAAAGAUUAUCAUAGUAAAAGUUUUUGUGAAGUAAACUGUAUUAAUUUUAUGAAAAAUCAAUUUAAUAAAAUAAGUAGGAAAUUUUUAUUUAAGAAUAUUAGAUGUAAAAAAUUGAAGAAAAUAAAAAAAAAAAAGGCAUAUGAUAUUAAUAAUGAGGCUAUUAAGAUAAAGGAAAAUGAAAAAAUGAUGUGUAUUGAUUAUGAUAGCUGUAGUGAUAAUAAAAAUAUAUCUUCUAAAUAUAACAAUAAUAAAUGUUAUACUAAUUCUCAAAGAAAUUAUCAUAAGAUAAAUAGUAUGAACCAAAAAAAUUUUUCAUUAGUUAUAAAAAAACGUUUAGUAGAAAAAAAAAGAUCAAAUGCUUAUAAGAAUAAAUUUGCUUCUUUUUGCUGUAAAACAAAACGCAUGCGUAUAGUUCAUAGUAAUAGUUUGAGUUUCAAAUUACCAAUAAAAAAAAAAGAACUUAUGAAGGAUAAAAAAAAUUUUUUAACAUUUUUAAAGUUAAAGAAUACUGAAGAAGAUAUACUAAAUAAAAAAGCUGAUAAUAAAAAUAAAAUAAGUAUGUUAGAUGCAAACAAUGGAAAUAACACAUACAUAAAUGAAAGAAAUGGAGAAAAUUUUCUAACGAUAAAAAAUGAAAAGAGAAAUGAAUUUAUAAAUUUCCUGAGAAAUACAAAAGAAAAACAGGAAAAUAAUCAAUCAAAAAAUUCAUCAUCAUUUCUUUUCAACCACUUUAAUAUAUCAAAUAGAAAUGAAAAAUUUGUACAAAGAGAUCAUAUCGAUGCAGUAAGCAAAAGUUGUGAAGAGAUAAAUUUAAAAAGUAUAUUCUCACAGAAUAAAAACAUAGCAGAAGAAGCAGUAAAAAAUGAUAAUACUUCUAUGGCAUACUGUCUUUCAUAUGAUACAUCAGUUUAUAAUAAUGAAACUGAAAUGAAUACUAAAAUAGGUGAAGUAAAAGAUAUAGUACAUAAUAAUAAAAUUAUGAAGAAUAAUAUUGAAGAAAUUCAAAAUAAAAAAGAUAAUAAAAAAAAAUUACAUAAAGCACAAAAUUAUGAACUGGUAGCAGAAAAGAGGAAAAAAUUAGAAAAUGAAGAAAGUAUUAAAAAACAUUAUUAUGAAGAAACAAAAAAACGAAAAGAUAUGUAUGAAAGGGUAAUUACACCAAACAAGCAUAAAGAGAUAAAUAAGAAAAAAAAUAUAUUUAGUAAUCAGGAUGAACUAUAUAAUAAAAAAAAUUGCACUUUUUUUACAAGUAAUUCAGUACCUUAUAUGAGAGAAAAUUCUAAAAAUUAUAAAAAUUUAUAUUACAUAGUUGGAUUAAUUUAUUACGGAAAAAAAUCACAAGUAUAUAAAUGUAUAAAUGCAAUUGAUAAAAGAAUGUAUGCUAUGAAAAUAGUUUCGAAAGAACCUAAUGAUUUAUAUGUUAAUAAUUUUACGAAAAAAUAUUUAUUCCUAAAAGAUAAUCCGCAUAAAAAUAUUAUAACUAUACAUGAUAUAUUUUAUGAUAAGAAUUAUAACUGUAUAAUAAUGGAAUUGUGUGAAGGGACUACAUUACUUGAUUAUUUCAUGUCAUUAGUCCCAGGAUCAUUAGAUGUAUACGAAAUAAAACUAAUAAUGAAAAAUAUUUUUUUAGCUUUAGAUUUUUUGCAUUCAAAAAAUAUGAUACAUAGAGAUAUUAAAUUUGAAAAUAUAAUGUUUAAAAAAAAAAGAAAAAGAGCUUUUGACUAUGGAGGCUAUGAUAAUUGUAGAUUAGAUGAUUCUUUUUUAUUUGAAAUGGACAAAUCAUCUUAUAUAAAGCCAAGAGAAAAGGUGAAAAAAAAUAAUUUUAAGGAGGAUUUUUUAUUUUUAAUAAAAAAUAAUAUUUUAUUGGAUAAAAAAAAAAGAAAUAGAAUAUGUAAUAAUUCGAUUGAUGUAAUUAAUUAUGGGAGGGAUUCUUAUGCUUCUUUAUUUUACGAUAAAUUUGAAAAUAAUAAUUUUCAAAUGGACAGUGAAAUGGAAUUUAGUAGCAAAUAUGAAGCAAGUAGAACUGUAUCUAUGAAUUCUUUUCAUUCUGAGUUUUCGAUUAACAAAUAUUAUACAUUUAAACAUUCCUAUGAUUUUAGUGAAAUGAGUAAUAAUUAUUCUAAUACCUUAUUAAAUAAGAAUAAAUCACUAAAUAAUAUCAAAAGGGGUUCUUUCAUGAAACAUCAAAUGGAAGAGGAAAAAGAUGGAAUAUUUAAAAAAAGCAAAUAUAACAUUAAAAAAAAAAGGAAACAUACUAUAAAUAAUUCUUUUAGUGAUUUAUGUUUAAUUGAUAUGGAUAUGAUAGAAAAUGUUUCUAAUACCAAAAACUGUUCAAGUAAAAAAUCGGACAUUAUAUGCGGUACUGCACCAUAUAUGCCCCCAGAGUCAUUAGAUGGAAUAAUUUCUACAGGUAAUGAUAUAUGGGCAUGUGGGGUAAUUUUAUAUGCGUUAAUGGAUGGUCAUUUCCCAUUUGAAAUUAAUAAUAGUAUGCCUAUUCAUUUAAAAAAAAAAAUUUUAACUCAAACCAAACCAAAUUUUGAUCCUUUAGUUUGGCAAGAACAUCCUGAAGUUUUUGAUUUAUGUUUACGACUUUUAGAUCCUAAUCCCUUAACAAGAAUACAAAAUGCUAGAGAGGCAUUAAUUCAUUAUUGUUUUUCAAACCUUGUAUAA